AUGGCGUCUCCUCGUUGCGCUGCUCGCUCGUCGCCGCCUGCCGUGGCGGCUGCCGCGCUCUGCCUGCUCGCCCUCGCCGUGCUCGCCGGCUCCGCUGCUGCCGCUGAUCCCGUCACUGGCGUCACCCCCGACAAGGAGGUGGCGGCGAUGCAUGCGAUCCGCGACGCGUUGGGCGUGGACGCGGUGCAGACGUGGCUGCCCGGCUGGGGCGACGCGGGGGACAUCUGCGGGCCGCUGGGGUGGGCGCCCGAGGUCAUGUGCGACCAGACGCCCGAUGGCAACUACACCAUCGUCGGCAUCUCCCUAUCGGGCGCCAUGAGAGGCACGCUCAGUCCGCUCAUCGCCGACCUCGACAACCUCCACCACCUGAAGUUCUACAGCGUGGGGCUGAAGAAGGAGGGCCUGGUGGACACGCUCCUGACCCUCACGCAGCUCGACUCGCUGGAGAUCUACAACGUGGCGCUGGGCAUCACCACGGACGAGCUCGACCUCUCCAAAUUCGCCAACCUCCAAAGCCUCACGCUGCGCAAUGUGAUGCUCAGUGGCCCUGUCGCCAAGCUCAACCUGCCGUCGCUCACCAACCUGCAAUACCUGGACUUGGCGCAGAACCAGCUGACGGGCGAGCUGCCCAAGGGGCUCUCCAACAUCGCCCACAUUGACCUCUCCUCGAACCAGCUCUCAGGAGUGCUGCCCAGAGACCUCAUCUCCUCGCCCAACGUCCAGGACAUAGUGCUCUACAACAACCGGCUCGAGGGCGCCCUGCCGGACGUCUUUGCCGCUGCCGAGAAGCUUCAGCAGCUGGACCUCUCCCAGAACAAGCUGGUCGGCUCCCUCCCUCCUUCACUCGCCGAGCUGCCCAGUCUCUAUUACAUUGACCUGAGCAGCAACUCCUUCCGUGGCAAGAUGCCGCGCUUCUUUGCUGCCUGCACCGUCACCAACUCCAGCGCCUUCCUCAACCUGACGAGCAACAAGCUCACGGGCGGCAUUCCCAACAGCCUGGGCCUCUACGCCAACCGCAACACCGUGCGCCUUACUGUCGACCUGUCAAGCAACCAGCUGCAGGGCGCCGUGCCCACGAGUCUGCUGGUAGCAGACACGCUCUUCUACGACCACAACGACGGCCUCUGUGACGCACCCUACCUCCCCAUGUGCGGCCCUGACGGCAAGCCCGCUGCUGCUGAUGCCACUGAUCCCACUACUGCUGCUCUUCUCUCGCUCGUUCAGAAUCGCACUGCUGCCGACGACGAGCCCAUGCCUGAUGGGUCCACAGCUGCUGACUUCACCACCACGCCCACUCCCACCCAGCCCACCACUCCCACCACUGACACCGCCACGCCUGCUGACGCUGAUCCUGCAGCUGAGCCUGCUGUUGCGGCGAAGCCCGCUGCCACGGCUGAGCCGGCUGCCCCCGCCCCCCAGCUGACCUGCAACUGCGAGCAGCUGUCCGCGGGUGUCAUAUUCGGCAUUGCCUUCGGCGCUGCGGUGCUGGCGGCUGUGCUGGUGGCUGCGGUGGUGCUGACGUGGCUGCACUAUGGCAAUGCGCGCGCGGCGGCGCGUGUGGAGGGCGCUGGGUUCCUGUUUGCCCAUGGGGAGAAGGUGCACGGUGCUGUCAAGGAUGUGGAGAAGUAUGCCAACUAG